ACUCCACAACUGACAAGGACCGGUGCCAUUCGAUACUUCGCCUACAGACCAAUUGAUUGAACAGAGAGAGUUUGUUGAUUUGUCUGUAUGGAUCCUGCCGGUUUGUGAUCAAUAGAGGAUUAUCUGAUCCAUUUAAUCGUUCGUAAUGGGCUUGAUUGACCUAGCAAGUACGAUCGUCUUCUGUUGGAACUGACAUCGCAAACAUACAAUACAUUACGUUUUCCUGGUAUGGCACUUAUCCGAGUCCGACGACAGCUAGACCGGAAUUGAUCUCACUAACUUCUUCGACUAAGCUACUUCCGGUUCCGGUGAUGGCGACGGGUCACGUCAAAGAGUACAUCAAGAGGGUGGCAUCUAUUGACCAAGAAAUCUAUCCAAAAUGGGAUUUAAUGAAACCGCUGCCGAAGUUACCAGUGCCAGAGCUACACAGCACAUUCCAGAAAUACCUGGCCAUCAUACGACCCAUCGUGUCCCCCCAGCAGUACCUCAAAACAAAAGCUCUGAUCAAGGAGUUCUGUGAUCCGGGGGGUGACGGCGAGAUCCUACAGGAGCAACUGAAACUGUUCGCCGAGUCCAAGGAAAAUUGGGCGUAUAGCUGGUGGUUGGAUGACAUGUAUAUGAAGAAUCGCCUGCCCCUCCCAAUCAACUCCAACCCCGGGAUGAUAUUUCCCAAACAACACUUCAUCGACCGCAGGGAUCAACUCCGAUACGCAACGAGACUUAUUUCCGGAAUACUUGACUACAAGACAAUUAUUGACGCACGAGGUUUACCCAUCGAUCGAGCCCGUCACAAGAUCAAAGGUCAGCCGUUAUGUAUGGAGCAAUACUACCGCCUGUUCACGUCAUACCGUGUCCCGGGGGUUAACAAGGACAGCCUAAUCUCCAACACCAGCAAACUUAUGAGGGAACCAGAACAUAUCAUCGUCAUUUGCAAAAACCAGUUUUUCGUCUUGGAUGUCGUGAUCAACUUUACCCGUCUAAGCGAGGACGACUUGCUCACACAAUUACACCGGAUAUAUAAGAUGGCGGAGGAGGUGAGCGACGCAGAGCCAGUCGGAAUACUUACGGCAGCCUACAGGGAUAGGUGGGCUGACGCCAGAAUCAAACUUAUGCAAGAUUCUUCAAAUCGUGAUUCCUUGGACGCCAUUGAGAGGAGUAUAUUUAUACUGUGUUUGGACAGCUCCAUACCUAUUUCUUUCAACCACCAAAAUAGUAUCGACGAGACAAAUCUUAACAUCCGGGACGAGGUGUCAUUGUUGUACCAGAUGCUUCACGGCUUCGGUACAAAACAGAAUGGGGCCAACCGCUGGUACGAUAAAACUAUGCAAUUCAUCAUCUCCCAAGAUGGCGCCUGUGGUUUGUGCUAUGAACAUUCGCCGUCAGAGGGCAUUGCUGUUGUUCAAUUGAUAGAACAUCUAUUGCGCUAUAUGGAGGAAAUUCGGAUGCAGAAGCUGACUAGGAUGCAGUCAAUUUGUGAGAUCCCCUACCCCCGUAAGCUUAAUUGGAAGGUGUCUGAGGAGGUGCACCAGCGGAUGGAGGAAGCGACAUCCCACAUCAACAGAAUAAUUGUUGAUUUGGAUUUGUUUGUCCUCCGCUUUGAGAGGUUUGGACGGGACUUUCCGAAAUCCCAGAAUAUGAGUCCCGAUUCCUUCAUCCAGCUGGCCCUUCAGCUGACCUAUUAUAAGGUCCACCAUCGUCUAGUAUCUACAUAUGAAAGCGCUUCCACACGGAGAUUUCGGCUUGGAAGGGUUGAUAACAUUCGCGCCAACUCACCCCAGGCUUUGGACUGGGUCAAGGCUAUGGUCGGAGAAACAGAACUUCCGGAUUCUGAGAUAAUAAGGUUGCUGAGAAAGGCUAUGGAAUGGCAGACGGACAUCAUGACACAAACUAUUCUCGGACACGGCGUAGACAUACAUUUCCUAGGUCUUAGAGAAAUUGCACUGGAGACUGAAAGGGACCUUCCAACCAUUCUAAAGGACGAGGUUUUUCAAAUAUCAAACCACUUCUCUCUGUCUACGAGUCAGGUUCCGACGACAAUGGACGCCAUGAUGUGUUACGGACCUGUGGUUCCGGACGGUUACGGUGUGUGUUAUAAUCCACAUCCGGACAACAUUGUGGUGUGCGUGACGUCAUUUAAAAGUAGCAGUGAAACAAGUUCAGCCUAUUUUGCAUACACGCUGGAGAGCAGCUUCCUACAAAUGCGCGAACUAUUGAUCAAAGUAACAGAGGAGCAGGCAGUGUUGACCUGUUCAAGGAGUAAUAGCAUUGAGCGACGAAAUGGGGACCUCACAAGGUCAAAUAGCAAAAACGGAAGUCCUAGAAGAUCAAAACUCGUGCGCCAAAAGCAUGCACAGAACACCAAUCAAGAGCACCCACAAAACGGAUCAAGUAAUUGAUUUGUUAAGGAAAUAAGAAAGAAAAAGAAGUAUUUAGAAGCAUUAAGUUGUUCAGAUUAUAUGAUGUAAUUUAGAAAAUAAUCAUAGAAAUGUCUAGUAUAUUAGUGAUAACGUUUGUUAGUGGGGAAUGUUAUAGAUGUAACAUAAUUUGAUGAUAGGUUGGACCAAUUUCACAUUAAUAAAUUAUCACAAAUCCCUGAAACAAAACAGAAAAAACGAGAUUUGAACUGUAAAUAUAGCGUAAUUUAAUAGGUUUAUAUAAAUUUAUAUUUAUUUCGACUGAAUAAAUUAAUUCAAUAUGCUUAGUGUAGCCAGUAGUCACCGUAAACUUACCAUUGGGUAAAACAGUGUGUUACUAAAUAUGGUUCUACAUUUAGGUCUAGGUUUAGAUCAGAAGUCGUCCUUCAAUAUAACAGCGAUGUAGAAACACUGAUUAACGACAUUUUCGUCUCGGAGAAGAUGUUUAUGUGUAUAACAACGAACAGUUAAUUUGGAAUGAAUGCAACAAAACCUCUCAAAACAUCAAAUGUAGAGAUGCUGUAGUAAACGUACGCUUUACCGUCUUUAAAUGACCUAAGCUGUUAGUAGGACGUUAAACAAAAUAAAACCAAACCACAUCAUAUUUUAGCAUGAUGUUUAAAUUGGGCGAGUAUCGCGAUAGUGUGAUUUAUUUAAUAUUUAGUAGAAUUUGUUCCAGCAUUGUCGGAUGAACAAAGAAAAUGCUUUGCAUGCAUGUUUUUAAAAUAAGUAUGGGUAAUGAACAGAAGAAACAAUCCAAAUUUUAUGAAAUUCCCAUUACUGUUUUAAUUAUAUAAAAUUGCCAACCAAUAGUUAAUUUCCCCUCAUCUUUGUUUCAUCGUCUGUCCUUCUUUCGCCUUUGUGUAUUAAAACGAGUCGUCAUACUCGUUAUCAUCCCUUUACGACAACGUCACAGUUUCGCGAAGAAACGCAGAGAUAAAAUUAAAAGAAUCAGUCACCAUUUGAUUCUUUUCUCGUAGGUUUUCUUCGUUAUCUUCAGUUUUCAUUUUUUCAUUGGUCGUAAUGAUAUUUACUCAGUGCUUUUAGCAUUAUAUCUAUUUAUAAUUUUACUUUACGAACAAACACCCUAAAAUCCUGUGUAAAUAAUACACUGAAUAACCACGAGUAAAUCCUUCCAAAUUAUAUUUCACUUGAAGAGUUCAAAAAUAUAGCUACCAGUUAGUGACGUUAGUACCAAAGAAAAUGUGACGUAGACCAAUAUGACCCUUGCAGUGGUAAAAGAGUUCUUUAUUCGGUGGUAGAUAGUCAGUAUAUAUCUGUAUCCCUCAGUUAUGAUGUGAUCAUCCCUUUUCACUAUAUAGUUGUAUGAUAUCCGCAACAAAUUAGUCACGAUAAAUAAACAGUAUAGUGAUGCAGUUAUGAGAGCGCUAACUUCAGUGUAUAGAAGAUAUCGGAACAUGCUCCUCAUUGCGGACUUGUAUGAUGUCUAGUCCAAAACGUUUAGGGGAACUUGAUCUGGUUGUAAUUGUCAUUAGCUUGUCCGAGUGUUUGACUAAGAUAUGCUGCGUAGAAUGCAUAUAAAUUUACACAUUAAGUUGUGUGGGUACACUUUUAUCUACCAACCUGUAAAUGGCUUUAAAGUUUGAAGCAAUAGUGUAUGGCUAAUAAUACAGAUUUCUAAACAUUCUUCAUUUUGGAAGAUUGACCAGAAAAGAAGCACUGAUCCUUAACAUUUUGAAACAUUGAGUUCUACGAGAAUUAAUUUACAAACCUGUAUCUAUGACAUAUACAGUAUUAUAAGGAUGAUAGUAAACUGAAAGUCGGGUUACAUUUAAUCACAUUUUGCAUUUGUUUCGUCAAAAAAUAUCUUAUAUCUACCAUUACGAUGUGAAAGAAAUAGCCAUCAAUAAAAAAAAAAUUGAGUUGUUUCUCUUUCCACAAAUAAAACAACUCCUGAAAAUACUUCUGGUACUAUUUAGUUAUCGAAGAUAGCAUAUUGUUCGAAUUGAACACGCUGGAAUAUAAACUUGGCAGUACAUGUAUAUGUUUCACUACAUUAUUGCAGAUGACAUUUCUUAUCAAAGAUAACAAUACCGGUCGACAGUAAAAUUGAAGUGAGAGUGUGUAUUUAAGCCCUCCACAAAAGAGCCAUUCAGUUACAAAAAUGUUUGUGUAUAUGGAACAGGACAAUAGAAAACAACCAGAGUCAGAAAGUCAAAUAUGCUUUUUACACAUUUCAAGAAUUCAAACAGAUUUAUGAUAUUAAUACAAACUUUUUGCGAUACCAGGGUCUAAUUACUGCCAUUAGAGAGUAUAUUAUACAACAAGAUAUGUCAAAUGUAGAGGUUAACUAUCCAUUUUUACCAAUUAAUAUAGAAAUGUUUUUGAAAAACAAAAAGGGGAUAAGAGAUUUUUAUAGCUUAUUUUGUAAAAAUGAUACUAUUUCAACAGGUAAAAAAAAAUGGGAUGAUAUAUUUCAAUUUGAUGAUGAAGUUUGGAAAAAAAUAUAUAUAAUGCCAUUUAGAAUUACGAAAAAUACCAAAUUACAGUGGUUCCAGUACAGAAUUAAUCAGCACAUUUUGACAACUAAUGCAUAUUUGUUUAAGGCAGGAAUAGUAGAUAGCCCUUACUGUGAACUGUGUAAACUAGAAAUAGAGACAAUAGAGCAUGUAUUAUGGGAAUGUGACAAAGUACAAAAUCUUUUACAAAAUUUUGAGUUCUUAUUAGAUGCAUUGAUUAUUCCAUUUGAUUAUAAUAAACAAACAUUUCUUUUUGGUUUUUAUAACUAUAACGGACUUAAUAAAAGU